CAGGGUGAUCGCUGUGACGGGAUGUGUGUUGUGGUUGAUGAUGAUAAGAACACACGAGUUGAGAACAUAACCCCCCUGCCUUAAGACACUCCUACACUGCACACACACACACACACACACACAUAAAUUGAGGACAUAACCCCCUGCCUUAAGACACUCCUACACUGCACACACACACACACACACGCAUGCACAUACACACACAAGUUGAGGACAUAACCCCCUGCCUUAAGACACUCCUACACUGCACAUGCACACACACGCACACACACACAUGCACUAUGGUGAACAGCCUGGCUUUCUGUAGAAUGGGUGAGCACUCUUUGAUUAUUCAUCUGGAUAAACUCUGUCUUCAUGCUUCAUAUUUAGAUAUUAAAUUGUGUGUGUGUGUGUGUGUUAGGUGUGCUGCUGGCUGUGUUCUCCAUGUCCAUGUCCACCUCAGUGGUGGUGCGUGAGGGUCAGUCGGUCCAGAUGAACUGUUCUCACAGCGUGAGUGCAUCUGGGUAUAACUCAUUCAUCUGGCUGAAGCAACCCAGCCGGUCACCUCCAGUAUGUAUCCUGACCAUAAACUACUACCAAGGGCCCGACCGACUGAAAACAGAAUCCAUGAAGCCCUCUGCACGCUAUCAUAAUGGCUAUAGCGACGCUAACGCUAGCUGGACUCUGAAUGCACUGGCCUCCAUGUCUGCGUUAGAGAUCAGGAAUGUGAGUGUGUCUGACUCUGGACUUUACUACUGUGGGAAGAGUGAAGACGGAUGCAUGGACUUCCACAAUGUCACCUACUUAACCGUGACAGAUGAGUCUGACGCUGAACUUCUAGACACAGCAGAGGAGGGGCGGAGCUGGGAGUGUGGAACUGUGGUUCUAGUCCUGGGGGUUCUAAGUGCUGUUCUCAGUUUAGUGCUGGUCAUCCUGAUCCUGACCAAGUGCAGAGGUGGACAGAACUCAGCCUCUGGUCAUCACACAUCAUCUCCACCUGACCAGAUGCAGGAUUCAGACUCUCUGAACUAUGCAGCUCUGAGUGUCUCUGCCAACAAGAAGAGAAGAAGCAACUUACAGACUGACCACUCACAUGUGUUAUACGCAGCCACUAGAUAAAUGCUGAGUCAUGUGUGUUGUAUACAGUCACUAUACUGUAUUUAUACAGCUCUGGAAAAAAAAUAAGAGACCACUGCACAUUUUUCUGAUGUCAUCCUAUGAUUGCUGAGUGAGUUGAAAAAUGAGUUGAUGGCCAUAUUCAAAUUUGCAGUGGACUCUUAAUUUUGAAUAUGACCGUCAACUCAUUCGAAUGUCAUUCAGCGACCUCAGCGUAGGAUGACAUCAGAAAAAUGUACAGUGGUCUCUUAAUUUUGUCAAGAGCUGAAUAUAUACACUGCUCACAUACAUUAUACAAUCACUGGAAUUGUAAUUUGAAAAUAAAAGUGGUUUCUGAAUUAUUAUUAUUAUUCUGACUGAGGUAUGAAUAUAUUCUACAAUCCCUAUGAUUGUGUUGUAUUUGAUUGAGAGGAAAAUAAUGUCCCUGUAAAUUCAAAUGUACUAACAACAACUUCUACUGUCCAGCCUGAUCUCACCAAACGGCGUACAGCCCACUGUCACAGGAUUUUGGCCUCAAUAAUAUGACAACUUCCAUUGUAAACUGUCAUCUUGUGUCUCCUUUA